AUCACCAGAUGGGCACCCGCCCCGCACACCCAAGGUGGCUGCUACACUGUGGGGCUACGCGGGUACGGAGGGAAGCCGGGAGGGAGAGAUGCGGCACCGCGGCUAUAAAAAAAGGUGGAUCUCGGAUCUCGCCGCCGGGAGAGGCGCCGGCCCGUGGGAGCGCCCACGCGCGUCCGCGUCCGGGGUCGGACACCUGCACGGCGGAGGCCCGGGAGGGUCGCGGAGCGGGGCCUCUUUGAGAGCGGGCGGCGCUGCCUUAGCGGUCGGGCCCACGCGUGUCCGCGGCCGUGCGGUGCCGGUGGGCAGCGCCCUCCUCUGUGGCACUGCCGGGGCUGCGCUCCCCGCCGCGGAGCCCCGCUUUGUUCCCGGGGGAGCCCACAAACACACGUGUCGGCCGGGCAGGGGGAGUGGGGCCUCUGGAUGCUGUCCUGCGUGGCUCUGCGCGUGUAUGUGUCCCUGCGUGUGCGUGUAUGUGUGCGCGCUGGGUGUUGGUUGGUUUUCGUUGGUUUUUGUUUUUUUUUUUUUUUUUCCCUCGCUUGCUCCAGGUUUUACUUCUGGUUGCCUGUAAGGGUUUUGCUCCUCCCUUCUGAAAUCCUAUAUUAGCUGUGGCCAAAGCUGGGUAAGAAACACAGCUCAUUGUUGGCAAGUGCCGAUGAGCCUCGCAGAGGAGUGAGGAGCGGCGCUGGGGCUGCGGCAGAGGCAGAGCCCCGCCGUCACGUCAGCCCGGGAGAGGAGGGCAGCGCGCUCUAUGCGGGGUGACUGCUGCUGACUGAUUUCACCGCCACCUUUGAAGGGAAAGAAGAAAGCAGCCGGGAGGUGGGAGAUGGCGGAACACAUGAUGGCCAUGAACCACGGGCGAUUCCCCGACGGCGCCGGCGGGCUCCACCACCACCCCGCGCACCGGCUGGGCAUGGGGCAGUUCGCCGCCCCCCAUCACCACCAGCAGCAGCAACAGCAGCCGCACGCCUUCAGCGCCCUGAUGGGAGACCAUAUACAUUACGGAGCGGGCAAUAUGAACGCGAGCGGCGGGGUCCGGCACGCCAUGGGGCCGGGCGGCGUGGGCGGGGGGCACCCGGCCGGCAACAUGCCGCCCCCCGCCCGCUUCAGCGGCUCCCAGUUCAUGGCCCCCCCCGUGGGCAGCCCGGGAGGGCAGCUGAGCGCCAGCAUGCAGCUGCAGAAGCUCAACAACCAGUACUUCAGCCACCACCCGUACCCGCACGGCCACUACGUGCCGGACUUGCACCCCGGCGGCCACCCGCUGAGCGGCGGCGGACAGCAUUUCAGGGACUGCAACCCCAAGCACGGCGGCGGAGGCAGCGGCUUGCCGCCCGCCGUGCCCCACGUCCCCGCGGCGAUGCUGCCGCCCAAUGUCAUAGACACUGACUUCAUCGACGAGGAGGUCCUCAUGUCCUUAGUCAUCGAAAUGGGGCUGGAUCGCAUCAAGGAGCUGCCCGAGCUGUGGUUGGGACAGAACGAGUUUGACUUCAUGACGGACUUCGUUUGCAAACAGCAGCCCAGCAGGGUGAGCUGCUGAUUCAUUUCCAACAAACAAAGGACUUUCUAGCGGUGCGAGUGAAAACAUUCCCCCCGACGCGGUGUCUCACUUUUCGCUGCCCGAAAAGGUGAGAAUCUGGAAAGCAGAGUAAACUAUGCGCUUGCG